GCACUGUAAAGACCUACACUUGGUAGAAUGUAACCUUAUAAAGUAGAACUCUAGAAGCUUCCGGUUUAACGAUUUCGUCAUUUUAUGUAAACAACUAGCAUAUAAAUAGGAAACGCAUUUUCUUUUUCAGAAUUACUAAGUGAAAAAUAUUGUUCCCUUUGUUGAAACCAUUAAGUAAACAACAAUGCUUGCUGUACGUAUGACUACCAGACUUCCAGUGACGGCGCUCGUGGGCUGCGUUCGUCGCUCGCCCGUGUACCUAAAGGGUCCUAAUGUUGUCCGUGUUCACCAAUACUCCCAGAACACAGGGUCCAGGUUUGCCAAAAGAGCCACCGUGAAAGAUGCAGUUGCUUCACCUACUAUUACUGGACAGGGAGCUAUAUCAGGAGGUCGUGGUUUUCUGGCUGCAGCAUCAGGUGUGGGUCUUGGUGCACUGUGUUACUAUGGCCUCGGCAUGGCAAAUGAACCUGGCGUCAUUGAGAAUUCCAGAUUGUGGCCAGAGUUUGUGAAGGAGCGUGUUCGCAGCACAUACAUGUAUUUCGCCUCUGGAAUCGGCAUUACAGCAGCCACGGCUGUUGCUGCCAGCAAGAACCAGGCCCUCAUGAGACUCAUGACCAAGAACUCGCUGCUUGCCAUUGGAGCAACAUUUGCAGUGAUGAUUGGCACCAACAUUUUUGCCCAGUCUAUACCCUACAAGAAGGGUUUUGGUGCAAAGCAGUUGGCUUUUAUGGCCCACGCAGCAGUUCUAGGGGCAGUGGUGGCUCCAAUUACCUUUCUGGGAGGAGCAAUACUCAUGAGAGCAGCCUGGAUGACAGCUGGAGUUGUUGGAGGCCUUUCGACUGUGGCCAUGUGUGCCCCCAGUGAGAAGUUCCUCAACAUGGGAGGACCCCUUGCUUGUGGCUUUGGCCUAGUGUUGGCCUCCAGCAUAGCUGGUGCCUUUGUGAAUCCGGGCACAGCGCUGGGAGCCGGCUUGUACUCUGUGAGCAUGUAUGGAGGUCUGGUACUCUUCUCUCUGUUCCUGCUGUACGACACACAGAAAAUCAUGAAGAGGGCUGAGACCCACCCCCAGUAUGGAGUCAUGCCCUAUGACCCUGUGAAUGCUUCUCUGGGUAUCUAUUCCGACACUCUGAACAUCUUCAUCCGUAUUGCCAUGAUGCUGGCAGGGCAGAGGAAGAAGUAAGACUCCUGGAAAAGCAAUCUCCCUGUCGCCCUUUCACGAUAGUAUGUGCUGAUUCAUCCAGACACUAACACUGGCCAUGUAUACAGGAUCUUGAACUUGCAGACUUUCUGUGAUACGAGUACUCCCAGUAUGCGAGUGUGCUCAUGUCAGCUGAUUGUGUUGGUCAAUUGUUGAGAAAAUGAUCAUACAUUAAUGUUGUUCAUUGGUAAACUGACGAUUUCUUGGCAAAGUGCAUACGGUAUUUGGAGCCCCAGUAAAUAAAACAAUAAAUAAACUUAAUAUUAACCAAAUGUUCAUAUAAUUAUUAAGAAUUUUCAAUGGGUUUCUUACACACAAUUUGUCAUGAUUGUUAAAGCUUGAAUAUUUCAUUGCACACCAAACCUAGUAGAUGUAUAUUCAUUCACAUUUUUUUUGGGUAUUUACUUCAAUUAAUUCAUGUAGUAAAUUAGUUAAAUUUGUAUUUGUUUGUUCAUAAAUAUGUCGAUUUAAUACAAGAUAAAUGUAUUUGAUGUUUUGCUGGCAUAUUAAUAAAGAAGUUGUGUUUUUUU